ACGCAGUGUACCAACUGCAGCACAAAAAGAACGCCUCUUUGGCGACGAGAUGAAGGAGGAAAGCCGCUUUGCAAUGCUUGUGGGCUGUUCCUGAAGCUCCACGGCCGUGUCCGCCCAUUGAGUCUCAAGACGGACGUGAUCAAGAAGAGAGUCCGAGGUGGUCUCAAUUCA